AGAGAAGAAAAUAAUAAGAAUAUGGACAGCUUGGUGCCCUGUGGUCUUCCUAAUAACAAUCCAUUUUCAAGAGACUAUAAUCUACUCAACAGAAAGCAUUCUACCAAGGAUCUUAAUCAGAUUCUGAGAAAAUACACACUCAAAAUAAACAAUAUGCCACUAAAACCAAACAAUGUAGGUAUUAGCAGCUAGACAAGAGGUUAGCCUCUACCUGAUGUGUCAUUUCUAGAAUGAUGAAAGUCUACAUCUUUGAAGUGCUUUCUAUUCAAACUGGAAAAUAUAUAAAGGUAGGAAUCACUUUCAAAGCAGGUUGAGAAAUUUUCCUUCAUUUUUACAUACUCUUAUUUGACUCUAUGCAAACAUCAAACUAAGAAUGGCAAAAAUGAGUCUCUCUUCCUACAUAUUAAUACUAACUUUUUCUCUGUUUUCUCAAGGCAUUUUAUUUUCAGCAUCCAAGUCCAUAAGAAAUUUAGAAGAUGACAUGGUAUUUAAUACAUUCAGGCUGGGGAAAGCGUUUCAGAAGGAAGAUACUCCUCAAAAAUCAGUCGUUGCUCCUUCUCUGGAACAAUAUAAAAAUGAUGAGAGCAGUUUCAUGAACGAGGAAGAAAACAAAAAUUUUAAGAACACAGGCUCCAAACAUAAUUUCUUAAAUCAUGGUCUGCCACUGAAUAUGGCUUUAAAACCUUAUCUUGCACUAAAAGGAUCUGUAGCUUUUCCAGCUGAUAAUGGAGUUCAGAAUACUGAAUCAACACAAGAAAAGAGAGAAAUUGGGGAUGAAGAAAACUCAGCUAAAUUUCCUAUAGGAAGGAGAGAUUUUGACAUGCUCAGGUGCAUGCUGGGCAGAGUCUAUCGACCUUGUUGGCAAGUCUGAAACCUGUUGGACCAC